AUGAAGAAGGCAAGCUCCUGGACAGCAGAGGAGGUGUCCCGCUGGCUGACUGAAGAGGGCAUGUCGGAGUAUGAGGAAGCUCUCCAGGGGACGGACGGCCCUGCUCUGCUCAGGCUUUCCAAGGAGGACUUCAGGAACUCGCACCUGUCCCGUGUCUCUUCUGACGGAGGCCACCAGCUGCUGGAGCGAGUGCAGACGCUGCUCAUCGAGAAUCAUAUCGAGGCACAUAAAAAUGGCCACGCAAAUGGGCACGCUGGGGGGCUUCCUAACGGGACUACCAAACCCCACCGGAAUGGAACUCUGGGCCUCAGGAACUACGACAAGGAGAUGGUUCAGAUUCCUAUUCCCUCUAAAGAGGUGCGCUCCUCCUUCCCCACAGAGUGGGCCAAAACAGCAGUGUCCUUCAUCUAUGCAGUGGUGUGCUUUGUCACCACCACUGUGGUCAUCUCGGUGGUCCACGAGAGGGUCCCUCCUAAAGAGCACACUCCCCCUCUCCCUGAUAAGUUCUUCGACCUGUUCGACAGGAAAGAGUGGGCCUUCUCCAUCUGUGAGAUCAUCGGGAUGCUGCUAGUCUUACUGUGGUUCGUACAGUGGCUGCUACUCAAGCACAGGUCAAUCAUUGGCAGGCGCUUUUUCUUCAUUGUGGGCACUCUUUACAUGUAUCGGUGUAUAACCAUGUACAUCACCACUCUGCCUGUCCCUGGGAUGCACUUCAAAUGUUCUCCUAAGCUCCUGGGGGACUGGGAAGCACAGAUGAGACGAGUCAUGAAGAUGAUCGCUGGAGGUGGUCUCUCCAUAACCGGUUCCCACACAAUGUGUGGAGAUUAUUUGUACAGUGGCCAUACAGUUAUGUUAACCAUAACGUACCUCUUCAUCAAUGAAUACUCUUCCAGGCGGUUCUGGUGGUACCCUUGGAUCUGCUGGGUGCUCAGUGCAGUGGGGAUCUUCUGUAUCCUCCUGGCCCAUGACCACUACACUGUGGACGUGGUGGUGGCCUACUUCAUCACGACUCGCCUCUUCUGGUGGUACCACUCCAUGGCCAACCAGCAGUCGCUCAAAGAGACGUCUCAGAGUAACCCGUUCUCCAGGGUCUGGUGGUUCCGAAUGUUCCAGUACUUUGAGGAGAACGUCCGCGGCACCGUCCCCAGGAACUACCAGCUGCCCACGUGGAGAGGGGUGCAGUGGGGCCGAGGGGUCCGCUACAGCCGGCUGCAGCUGCCCUGA